AUGGUGGAAUGGACAACCUUCUGUGAGGAAUCCGGUUACUCAAACUCUAGUGGAGCGCCAUAUGCAUGCAUCAACCAUACAUUGAUCAUUUGCUUGGAUGCUUUGCUUUUGAUCACACUCAUCUUCACCAACUCAUCCUCAUCCAAAAAUGUUCACAUUCCAAGCCGGUUUCAAGGCUUUUCCACACUGCAGAUUGUCUCUGCCAUUUUAAACACCUGUGUUGGAGUGGUGUACUUGUUCCUGGGCAUUUUCAUUUUGGAAGAGAAGUUGAGGAAAACACAGACUGCUAAUUUUCCUUUGAUUAGUUUGUGCUUUCAAAUAUUAUUUCAAGGGUUCACAUGGUUGUUGGUUGGUUUAACAGUGAGUAUCCGGGUCAAACAACUUCCAAAAGCACCGGUGCUGCUUUUAUCUAUUCUUGCAUUCUUGUUUUCUGGGUUUGUUUGUUUUCUAUCUCUGUAUGCCGCCGUCUUAAGCAAACAAAUAACGCUAAAGAUAGCUCUGGAUGUUUUGUCUUUUCCAGGAGCAAUAUUCUUGUUGCUAUGUUCUUGUAGGAAUUAUAAAUGUGAAGGGAUUGAUGAAAGUGGCAUUCAGAAUGGUCUUUAUACACCUUUGAGGGAUGAGUCUAAUGGUGUUGUAGAAGGUGAUCCAGUUACUCCAUUUGCCAAAGCUGGGUCUCUCAGUAAAUUUACAUUUUGGUGGUUGGAUUCAUUGAUGAGAAAGGGAAGGGAGAAAACUCUCAGAGAUGAAGAUAUACCAAAGUUGCGUGAAGCAGAUAGAGCAGAAAGUUGUUAUUUGUUGUUUUCGGAGAAAUUGGACAAACAAAAACAAACCGAUCCUUCUUCUCAGCCAUCAAUUUUGAGGGCUAUAAUUUUGUGCCACUUGAAAGAGAUUUUUGUGUCUGGAUUCUUUGCCUUGCUAAAGAUAAUCACAGUCUCAGCAGGUCCUCUGCUACUUAACGCCUUCAUUUUGGUUGCUGAGGGAAAAGAUAGUUACAAGUAUGAAGGCUAUGUAUUGGCCAUAUCACUUUUACUAGCAAAAAUCACUGAAUCUUUAUCACAAAGGCAGUGGUACUUCAGAACCAGACUUAUAGGUAUGAAAGUUAGGUCUUUGCUAAUUGCAGCCAUAUAUAAGAAGCAAUUGAGAUUAUCUAAUGCUGCCAAGUUGAUGCACUCCAAUGGUGAGAUUAUGAAUUAUGUUUCUGUGGAUGCCUAUAGGAUUGGAGAACUCCCAUUUUGGUUCCAUCAAACUUGGACAACGAGUCUUCAGCUCUGCAUUGCAUUAGUAAUUCUUUAUCAAGCAGUUGGGCAAGCAACAAUUGCAGCCCUGGUGGUGAUAAUUCUAACUGUGAUUGGCAAUGCACCGUUUGCAAAGCAGCAACAGAAGUUUCAGACUAAGCUUAUGGUGGCACAAGAUGAUAGACUUAAGGCUAGUUCCGAGGCUCUUCUGAACAUGAAGGUGCUGAAAUUGUAUGCUUGGGAAACCCAUUUCAAGAGUAUGAUAGAAAAAUUAAGGAAUGUGGAGUACAAAUGGUUAUUAUCUGUUCAGUUAAGCAAAGCAAAAAAUGCUAUCCUCUUUUGGACAUCCCCUGUUUUGGUCUCCACUGCAACUUUUGGCGCAUGUUAUUUCCUCAAAGUUCCCCUUCAUGCAAAUAAUGUUUUCACUUUUGUAGCAACUUUGUCCCUAGUUCAGCAGCCUAUUUCAUCUAUCCCUGAUGUUCUUGCCGUGAUCAUUCAAUCAAAGGUUUCAUUUGCACGUAUUAGAAAUUUUCUUGAGGCACCAGAGCUACAAACUGCCAGAGUCCAGCUCAAGUGCAAUUUGGAGAGUGCGAAUCACAACAUUAUUAUCAACUCGGCGGAUUUUUCAUGGGAAGAGAAUUUAGCAAAGCCUUCACUGAGAAAUAUUGAUGUACAGGUUGGAAGUGGCAAAAAAGUGGCUGUUUGUGGAGAAGUUGGAUCAGGAAAAUCGACUCUUCUAGCAGCAAUUCUUGGAGAAGUUCCAAAUAUUCGAGGAAAUAUUCACGUUUAUGGGAAGAUUGCCUAUGUUUCUCAGACAGCAUGGAUCCAAACAGGAACAAUACAGGACAAUAUAUUAUUUGGCUCCCCCAUGGAUGAUCAACGAUACCAUGAAACACUUGAAAGAUGUUCACUACUAAAGGACCUUGACUUGCUUCCCUAUGGUGAUCUAACUGAAAUAGGGGAGAGAGGAGUCAAUUUGAGUGGCGGUCAAAAGCAGCGAAUCCAACUAGCUCGUGCACUUUAUCAAAAUGCUGAUAUAUAUCUCUUGGAUGAUCCAUUUAGUGCUGUUGAUGCACAUACUGCUUCAAGCCUAUUUGAUGAGUAUGUUGUGGAAGGACUUUCAGGGAAGACAGUCCUACUUGUAACCCAUCAAGUUGAUUUCCUGCCUGCAGUUGAUUCUGUUUUGUUAAUGUUCAAUGGGGAAAUCCUAAGAGAAGCUCCUUACCAUCAGUUAUUGUCCACGAGCCAAGAAUUUCAAGACCUUGUCAAUGCACACAAAAAGACUGCUGGUUCUGAAAGGAUUGUAGAUAUCACCCCUACCAAAAAUCAUGGGGCAUCUUCAGCUAGAAAAAUCCGGAAGAGUUAUAUAGAGAAUCAAUUUAAACCAUCUAAAGUUGAUCAAUUUGUAAAGCAAGAAGAAAGAGAAGAAGGGGACAUGGGAUUAAAGCCUUACAAACAAUAUCUAAGUCAGAACAAAGGGUUCUUGUACUUUUCUAUCGCAGUGCUUUGUCACAUUACAUUUCUGAUUGGUCAGAUAGCUCAGAACUGUUGGAUGGCUGCUAAUGUUGAAAACCCUUAUGUUAGCUUAUUAAAGUUGAUCAUGGUUUAUUUGGUGAUUGGAUUUGCCACAGCAGUAUUUUUCCUUUUUAGAUGCUUUUGUAUGGUUGUUAUGGGUGUUCAAUCUUCAAAGUCUUUGUUUUUACAACUACAAAACUCCCUAUUCAGUGCGCCCAUUUCCUUUUACGACUCCACGCCUUUGGGAAGGAUACUUAGCAGGGUUUCAUUAGAUAUGAGUAUUGUUGAUAUUGAUGUUCCGUGGACCUUAACCUUUGCUGCUGGGGCCUGCGCACUUGUUGUUGCCAAUCUUGGAGUACUGGCUGCUAUCACCUGGCAAGUCUUGUUUGUCUCGGUACCAACAAUUUAUCUGGCGCUGCAAUUACAGAAAUAUUAUUUUUCCGCUGCAAAAGAGUUGAUGAGGAUCAAUGGCACAACUAAGUCCUUGGUAGCAAGCCAUCUUGCUGAGUCUUUGGCAGGAGUUGUGACAAUUAGAGCCUUUGAGGAGGAAGAACGAUUCUUCAGAAAGAACCUCAACCUCAUUGACGUAAAUGCGAGCCCCUUCUUUCACAGUUUUGUAGCAAAUGAGUGGUUGAUUCAGAGACUAGAAACCCUCAGUGCAACAGUCCUAACAUCUGCAGCGCUCUGCAUUGUCCUGCUUCCUCCUGAAACUUUCAGCUCCGGAUUGAUUGGAAUGGCAAUUUCAUAUGGUCUUUCACUAAACAUGUCCCUUGUCCUGUCAAUUCAGAACCAGUGCACUCUUGCAAAUUAUAUAGUUUCAGUAGAAAGGCUAAAUCAAUACAUGCACAUACCGAGUGAAGCACCUCAUGUCAUUGAACAAAAUCGUCCCCCAUCAAAUUGGCCAGCUGUGGGCAAAGUAGAGAUACAUGAUUUGCAGAUCAGAUAUAGGCCAACUACGCCUCUUGUUCUCCACGGUAUCAGUUGCACAUUUGUAGGAGGGCACAAGAUUGGUAUAGUUGGUCGAACAGGCAGCGGGAAGAGUACUCUAAUAGGUGCUCUGUUUCGUCUGGUAGAGCCUGCUGGAGGGAAGAUUGUGGUAGAUGGGAUUGACAUCUCUACUAUUGGACUUCAUGAUCUGAGGUCUCGUUUUGGAAUUAUACCUCAAGAUCCUACUCUCUUCAAUGGGACUGUGAGAUUCAAUUUAGAUCCCCUAUCUCAACAUUCUGACCAAGAAAUAUGGGAGGUUCUUGGAAAGUGUCAGCUUGGAGAGGCUGUUCAGGAAAAGAAAGAUGGACUAGACUCCUUAGUUGUGGAUGAUAGAUCAAAUUGGAGUAUGGGACAAAAGCAAUUAUUCUGUUUGGGACGUGCCCUUUUGAGGAGAAGUAGGAUACUGGUUCUUGAUGAAGCAACUGCUUCCAUUGACAAUGCAACUGAUAUGAUUCUUCAGAAAACCAUUCAAACUGAAUUCAAAGAUUGCACUGUAAUCACAGUAGCUCACAGAAUACCAACUGUGAUGGAUUGCACUAUGGUUCUUGGCAUCAGCGAUUGA